UUUUUAUAAAAUGUUGGUUAUCAUCCGAGCUCUAGUAAUGAGUAACACGUUAAGAUAGUUGGUAUUCUAGAUUUUGUCGAUGAUACAAUUUGGAGUUUUAAAAAUAUGUAAGAUAAUUUAAAAAAAAAAACCCCCGUAAAAUUAAAAACAAAUGUCAUAAUAUAGAGAAUAAAACCGCAAGCCACUUUUUAAUUUCGUACUGCACACUUAAAAUUUCGUAUUACACAAAGUGCGUCGUACUGCACACAAUUUUAGUCCCUGGAAGACAAUAAUGUUCACUGGUCCGUUUAUUAAUAUUUUAAUAUAUACAUUAACGACAAACGGCUGAUUAGUUGCUACUUAUACUGUGUAUAAGUUAUACAGUCACGGUCGAACUUGAAAACCUUCUCCUUCGCCGUGUGCGCGUUGUCGUCGAAAAAACGGCGUCGGCAGCGUGGCGGGUUCGGCGCAAAACGCGCGAGUGAUCCGGUUGUUCUGGGUGUAGUCUGUCCCGUACUGUAGCAGUGGACCAGCGCACACGAGAAUUGCAUUUCAGAUUUUAAGCAUUAAUCUAUAUUAAUUAUAGAUUAUCUAUAAGCAUUAACCAUAUCCUUGACGAAUACACGAGAUACGUGCGAUUGAACGAAAACCCGGAAAGGUCCGCGCGUCCAAUCGGCCCGCUCUGUAAGAACCGCUGGGCGGCGGGACAGGAACGAAACGGGAAAGUCCGCGAGAAACGUGUCUCGCACAGCGGUGCGUAUCGUCGACGGGCGGCGGGACGGUGGUGAAGGGUUCACGCGUGACGUCACGUCGAGGUCGCCGGUGCACGCCGUCACCGCCGCGGCAGUCGUGAACACCGGGCGGCGCGUUAUCAAUAUUCGCCGGCACGUUCGUUCAACGCGCCCGUACCAUUGGUACCGCGCUCACCGUUUCGCCCCCACCACUCCGUCCGUUCGGUUGCACGCACGAGCGCGUGCACACACACACACGCGUGCGCGCGCGCGCAUAUACUACACACGCACACGUUACGAUAUUGCCGUGAGUGCGGAUUUUUUUUUUUUUUUUUUUAUCUCGUCGUCGCAGCGCACGUUAAGUCCGACCACGGAACCGAUAUUCGCGUGCGAGCACUAUUUUUAGACGGUGACGAGUGCCGAGCGAGAGGGAAGAAAUAUUAAUUUCCGGUAAACCGCGCGCGAGUUUCGGAUCCGCGUUGGUCGUCGCGACCGUCCGUAAUAUUCCGCCGUCACCGACGCCGCGUUGUGCACCAGUGCCGUCGCACGUCCGUGUACCGUACGCGCCACCGUCGCCGCCGCGACAACGACGAUAUCAAACACUGCCAAGUGUCUGCCGCGACUGUCGCCGUAUCACACGCUCCGGCCGAUCGCAUUUGCCUGCCACCACUAUUGCAGGUCGCCCGCCGCCGCCGCCGCCGUCGUCGUCAACGUCUUCGUCGCGCGCCACUGUUGCAGCUGCCCGCCCGGUCGGUCGGUGCGUGCCCUCGUUCGCGUUUGAUGGCGGUAAACUUUUAUGGGAAACACAAAAUGGCCGGUGUCAACGAGUGUUUCUCCGUCGGCAGCGUCGUCAUGUGCACCAACUGCUUCGACGAGGAGAUCGAGGGCGAAGUGCUCGGCUUCGAGCCCACCACGAAGAUGCUGAUAUUGAAAUGUCCAUCAACUAGUAAUAAUCCACUGUUAAACAAUAUUAAUAUAGUGAACUUAGCCUUUGCCAAAGACGUGCAAGUCAAAAAGGAAUCUAGUUUUAAUCCACCACCUUUGCCUUCGUUAAAUUUAAAUAGGUUAAAUAAUAGAAUAAAAACUCAAAUACAAGAUAAGAAACGUCAGAUAUCAGCUAUGUCUGCCAAUGUUUCUCCUGAGGCACAAAAGUUGUAUUUGACUAUAACCAAAACGAUUCCAGAAGUAUCUUGGCAAGGGCAGAAUAUUGUGGUCUAUGACCAUGUGAUAAUUAGCCCACCUUACAAACCUGAAAAUGUUAAAGGCAUUGGAAAUCCAGAGGAUAAAGCUAUUUUAUACAUAAAGAAUAUUGUGGAUAAACAUGUUAAAGAUUCAGCUGUUCAACAAGUAACACCUACAGCAACACAUAGGAGCAAACCAGCAGCUGCAACUGCUGCAGCACCACAGUCUCAAUAAAGUUAUACUUUCACCUGAAGGAGUUGAGAUGAAAUUAAUAUAAUGUCUUAAGUCAAGUAUAAAAAAAUAAGAGAACCGAAAUAGUCAUAUUUAUUACAAAUUUAUCAGCAAUAUUCUUCUAAUUUCUAUGGAUUUUCAUAUAAAGAAAAUU